AUGGAAAGUCACUCCUUUGAUUCUCACUUCAACAUUCUCAGCUAAAAAUAAUGGAAUGAAAAACAUAGAAAGAUGCUUUCAUUGAGAGUUGAACUCAAGACCUCCCGCUUACUAAACGGGUGCUCUAACCAACUGAGCUAUGAAAGCAUUGUUGCUGAUACUCUUACCCGAAUCUAUUUUAUUAAAACCGCUCAAACCAACACAUAUGGGCUUUCGAAAACUACACCACACCAUUCUUUCCCACUUCCAUUACCAUCAAUUGAACAUGAAGGAGUCGGGUGCCCAUGGCAUCCUACAGCAGCAACAGCACCACCAGCAGAUGUCUCCAACUGCUAGAGAAAUGCAAGAACAUGAAGCACUUGCAGCAAGCUCACGCCCAAGUCUUCACAUCUGGGCUCGGCAGCAACAGCUUUGCUUUGAGCAGGCUCUUGGCCUUCUGCUCGGACCCACGCCAUGGAAGCCUCUCCCAUGCUUGGAAGCUCUUCCAACACAUCCCACAGCCCACAGUCUGCAUCUACAACACAAUGUUGAAAUCUUCACUGCUCAGAAAUGAACUCAUCCUGACCGUCAAUGUGUUUACCAAGAUGUUGCAGAACGGGAUGUGCCCAGAUAAUUAUACCCUCCCUUAUUUGUUAAAGGCUUGUGCGAGGAUGCAAAGGUCUUGUCUUGGGGAAUUGGUUCAUGGGUUCUGUUUGAAAUUGGGUUUUGUUUCUGAUAUCUUUGUGGGUAAUUCUCUGGUAGUCAUGUAUUGUGCGUUUGAUGAUAUGAAGGGUGCACGGUACGUGUUCGACGAAAUGCCUAGCUUAAGUGUAGUUUCAUGGACGGUCAUGAUUUCUGGGUUUGCAAAGGUGGGCGAUCUUGACAUGGCGAGAUUGUUCUUUGAUGAAUCUCCGGUGAUGGACAGAGGAAUAUGGGGUGCCAUGAUUUCUGGGUAUGUGCAGAAUAGUUGUUUCAAGGAAGGUCUCUAUUUGUUCCGGUUGAUGCAGUUUACUGAUAUAGAACCUGAUGAGGCAAUUUUUGUGAGUGUUUUAUGUGCGUGUGCUCAUUUGGGAGCUCUGGAUACUGGGAUUUGGAUUCACUCGUAUUUGAAUCGGCUUCGGUUGCGGUUGAGUGUUCGUUUGAGCACGGGUCUUAUCGACAUGUAUGCUAAAUGUGGGAGAUUGGAGUUGGCUAGAGGACUGUUUGACGAAAUGCUGCAACGAGACACGGUUUGCUGGAAUGCGAUGAUUUCGGGAAUGGCAAUGCAUGGAGAUGGCGAAGGUGCACUUGAACUGUUUAGAGAGAUGGAAGAUGCUAGGGUUAGGCCAGAUGAUGUUACUUUCAUUGCUUUGUUUACUGCUUGCAGUUAUUCCGGCAUGGCAGAUGAAGGAAUGAAGGUGUUUGAUAAAAUGCAUAGGAUAUACAACAUUGAGCCGAAAAGCAGACACUUUGGAUGUAUUGUUGACCUUCUAAGCCGCGCUGGGCUCUUCGAAGAAGCAAAGGGGAUAAUUGAAAGAAUACCCACUUCAAGUAAACCCUCCGAAGAAGCAGUGGCUUGGAGAGCAUUUCUCAGUGCUUGUUGCAAUCAUGGACAAGCUCAACUAGCUGAGGUCGCUGCGGAGAAGCUCUUUCAGCUGGAAAGGCACAGUGGGGUCUAUGUCUUGCUCUCGAAUUUAUACGCAGCUUCGGGGAAGCAUGGUGAUGCCAGAAGAAUGAGGAAUUUGAUGAGAAACAGAGGAGUAGAGAAGGCUCCGGGUUGCAGCUCGGUCGAGAUCAAUAGGGCAGUUCAUGAAUUCAUUGCGGCGGAGAAAACUCACCCGAAAAUGGACGAAAUUCAAUUAGUUUUGGAGACCAUAAAAAAGCACUUGGAUUUUUCAGGCAGCGAUCAAUAUUUGUUUCUAGUUGACAAGACUUAAAUCAAAGCUUUUAUGUUCGA